CGGUCCCGCGAGGCUGAGGAUAAGGGGAGGUGAGCAGUCAAUCCUCAGCUGGUGCCGGGAUGCCAGGGUGACGAUCAGCCGCUGUCACCACCAGGCAACGUCCUCAGCGACAAACACCUCUCAACACCACGUAGCCACUUCUAAAGAGGCGGCGGGCGGAGCUGGGUCCUUGCCUGCCUGCCUGACGCCCCCGGGGGCUGCUGCCGAAUUUUGUGUGCCUUGGCUUCUUCAGACUGAAGAAGCCUUAUUUUGAGACUUGUCGUUUUUCUUUUUCUGCCUCUCUAUCUCUUUCUCUCUGUCUCUCUUUCUGUCUUCCCCUCUUAUUACCUAGAUCUACUCUCUCUCUCUCUCUCUCUCUCUCUCUCUCUCUCUCUCUCAGGACGAAUUUUGCUUGAUUAUGCCAAAUUUAAAAUAAUUUCGUAACACAAAAAAAUUAUGUAUUGUUAAAUUUGUUUUUAAUGAUUUUAAAUUAUUUUGAAUUAUGAAUUUCAAAUAUUCAUAAUUUCUUUUCCCAUCAGAUAUUAAGAAUGUAAUAAUUUCUUAAGUAAUUUUGAUUUCAAACACCACUGAGAUUAUUACAGCUUUCCCCUUUUCCUUAACUUUCCCCUGACACGCUCCUUUCACUUUCUCUCUUUUUAUCUCCCCUCUCUCUCUCUAUUUUCCCCUUCACCUUCCCCUACCCCCUCCCUUCCCCUCCCCAUUCCAUCCCCCUCUGAGGCGUCUCUGAAACAAACCCUGCUUGGCAGAUCCUGUCAGGAGCCAGACCUUGAGGACACCUGUCUACCCGUCAUCGGCCGAAAAUCGGAAGUGUGAAAAAAGAGAAAAAGAGAGAAAGUGUGAAAGAGAGGGAGAGAAAGAGAGGUAGAGAAAGAGCGAGCGAGCGGCGUAUGCGGCGUGGGCGGCGACAGGCCUCGGUAGUAUAGUACCACGCCCGUAGUAGUGAAACUCAUACGCUCGCUCGUACGCCCACGCAGUCCUUAGGGCCUGCUUCUGCUGCUGCGGCAGCGGCAGCGGCGGCGGCGGGCGAUCGAGGCCUCGAAAUGGAGGCCCAGUGUUACGCCGGGGGCGGCGCCCCUGGGGGGAACGCAGCCGCCUACGGCGUAGGAGGGGCGGUGUCCCAGGAGCGUCCUUCCGACGUGGCCAUGAUGACAGGUGUAACACAGGUCGGUCCGCUGGGGCACGGCGGACCGCUGGUCGCCAGGGCGUCCGCAGGACAAGACUGUUGUUACGACUGGGCGGCGUUGCCCGCCCAUUACACCAGCUCCACGCCCAUGAAGGAGAUGGAAGCCUGUCUGUUAGCAGCCGGCAAGGGCCGAGAGGACUACUACGCCCCCCACCUCUCCUCCUGUGCCCCUUCUCACCCAAACCUGCAGAAGGAACGCAUCCCCUCCCCCCACUCCCCCCUCCUGAAGGAACAGAAGGAGGAGCCCAUGAGCAUAGGCAGCAGUAGCAGCAGCAGCGGCAGCAGCAGCAGUAGCAGCGACAAGAAUCACCAACACCAACAGCACCAACAGCAGCAGCAACAGCAGCAGCAGCUUCAUCUUCACCAACAGCAGCAAGAUAGUCAGAAGAAGCCAGUCCACUCGAAGCUGAUCAGCGUCACGGCCAGCCUGGAGAUGAAGGCCCUUUGGGACGAGUUCAACGAGCUGGGUACUGAGAUGAUCGUCACCAAGGCUGGCAGGCGAAUGUUCCCCACCUUUCAAGUCCGGCUCUUCGGGAUGGACCCCACCUGUGAUUACAUGCUGAUGAUGGACUUCAUCCCCGUGGACGAUAAGCGAUACAGAUACGCUUUCCACAGCUCCUCGUGGAUAGUGGCGGGGAAGGCCGACCCGAACUCGCCGCCGCGCAUCCACGUUCACCCGGACUCACCCGCCAAGGGCGCCCAGUGGAUGAAGCAGGUGACGUCCUUCGACAAACUCAAGCUCACCAACAACCAGUUGGAUGACAACGGACACAUCAUCCUGAAUUCCAUGCACCGUUACCAGCCGAGGUUCCACGUCGUGUACGUCAACCCGAAGACGGAGGACGUCUCCUCGACGGAGAACUUCCGGACGUUCGUCUUCCCCGAGACGAAGUUCACGGCCGUGACGGCCUAUCAGAACCACAGGAUAACUCAGUUGAAAAUUGCAAGCAACCCAUUUGCCAAGGGCUUCCGGGACUGUGAUCCAGACGAGUGCGUCGUAGAAGUCUUGAACCAAUUGCAACAGCCGGGGGUAGGAGGAGGAUGUGGAGGAGGAGGAGGAGGAGGCGGAGGGGGACUAGGGGGAGGGGGAGGAGGUGGCCCAGGGAACGCCCAGCAGCGUAUGUCUUCCUCGCAACGCCCUCAGCAGAGGCAUCCGGGAGUCACCUACUUGCCCUACCAAAGUGCCCACCAGAAGGAAGACGAAUGCGACGCCGAGGGCGGCCUCGUCUCCCGCAUGAUGGGCGGCGCCACCAUGACGCCCACGGGAAUCCUCCAGGGGUCCCCGCCGACGCUCACGUCCUCGGCAGGAGCAGCAGGAAGAGCGGAUUCAGGACUGGGAGGCGUGGGCGCCGCGGGGAACCAAUGCAUUCCUUUGAACCAGCCGUACGCUGGGGACAUGUGCACGUACGGACCUAUGUACGGCCCGUACAACUACGGGGCGGCGGUGAAGGCGAGGGCGUCUCCGUACGCCCGCACCUCGCCCGUGUACCCCCCGCCGUACCCGGCAUCUCCGCAGCUGAAUUCGCAACUGUACCGUCAGCCGCCGACUUAUCACGAUUAUUCUUCCAGAUAGAGUCGUAGCCGGGUAUAGAGUCAUGCCCCAUGCCCAGAUGCCCUUCGUUAUGGGCAUAGUGACUCGGAAGACUUGCGGGGUAUUUGGGUAGGCAUUCCCCAUACCCCAGUGCCUCGAGGUAUCGGUAAAGUGACUGAAAACUGGGUAUUUUUGAAGAGUCGUUCCCAAUGCCCUGUGCCCCAAAACGUCGGAACAGUGCCUCUGUCGACUGGAUAUUUGGGUAGAGUCAUUCCCCAUGUCCCGAUGCCCCGAGUUAUCGCCAAAGUGACUCGGAAAACUGGGUACUUGGGAAGUCAUGCCCCAAUGCCCCGAGAGAUGUCAGAACAGUGCUUCUGAAAACUGGGUAUUUCAGAAGCCAUUCCCCAAUGCCCCGAGAGAUGUCAGAAUAGCACCUCUGAAAACUUGGGUAUUUGGGCACCGGAAGACAUGCCCGGAGCAGUGGUGACGACCACUUUAAAACAGUGGCUCUCGGAAGUUACCAGUUACCGAAUCUUUUUUGGUGUGAUUAAACAAUAUUUAUCCAGUGAAUUCUUGCAGGAAACUGAUAAAAUAUUUUGACAUAUCGUGGAGUAGCUAACGAUUGGUAUCGUCGAGCAUUUUGCGAUAUUGUUCUCGCUUUUUGCUUGGUAUAUCAUGUAGCGUGAUGUCAUACCUGUGACGUCAUUAAUAUGACGUCUAAUUUUCAGUGAAAGUCUUUCAAGAUAAAAAAAAAUAAAUAAAAAAGUGUCUUAUGCUUGAGAUUAUGACGAAUGUGAAUAUACUUUAUUGGUUAAAUGAACAGUGGAGAGACUUACAAUUUUUUCAGUGGUGUAAGUGUUACGCAUGGAAUCAGCAAACAUUUUCUGAAAUACAACAAAUAAAAAUGAAAAGGAUAAUAUUUUUUAAAAUUUAAAAAGAAAAUGAACGGUAAUUCUGGUCAGAGCGUGGAUCUGAUAAAGUCUACGGGAUCUGCACUCCAUGUUUCUACUUUCGUUACACACUUCUAAUGGUUUAACCAUUACUAUAUUAUUUCAACAAUUUAUGUUUACUGUGCUUAUAUAACAACGAUUUCGAAUGAAUUACAUAGAUUCCAUAGAUUUACAGAGCAAAUCUAUGAGUGAAAUGACUUAUAGAUUCGAUGGAAAAACAUAGAAUUGUCGAAGGUGACCAAACAGACGUCAUAUAUUGCGAAAGCACUCUGCCUUCUAUAAGCGUGUUUGUGUGCGUGUUUGUGUGUGUGUGUGCGCGCGCGACCGUGGUUUUACGCAGCCUGAAUAUGAUGGUUGUGAAUUUAUUGUAACCACUCAUCAUGUGCCUUACCUGCUUAUAAACAAAUUCAGCUUUAAGCUUUCAUUUUUUUUCCACCCCACCGUCCUAUUUCAAGCUUUUGUGAAUUCCGAGCGAGAAGGAAAGUAGAAGAAAAAGACGCUUAAAGCUUGCAGUAGUUUGACGAGAAGAAGCUUUACAAACUCAAGCUGAAGCUUAGUCGUCAAGCUUUAGCUUCGAUAGAACCAGCUAAAGAAAUGAGUCCUUGUCAGAAAUGAAGACAAAAGUAUAGACUCCGAAAUGGUUGAUUCAUUUAGAUUCAAGAGCCCUUUCCAAGGUAUAAAAUGAAUAAAGAAGCCUCGUGUGGACCUGUGGAUUCUACCCCGGCAACGGAAACGAAGCUCACUAUAGUACCAAAGGACAUCUUCCCCCCCCCCCCCCCCCCCCCUCUAAAAACUUCGUGAAGUUCACCGAACAGUGUCUGAGCAACGCGGCCAUGAAAUGGUACCUAUCUAUGAAUAUACUUGUUUACAUUAUCGGAUCUUGAAGGUUUAGAAUAGAAGAGUGGCUCGGGAUUAUACUGACUUGUUCAUUACCUGCACAACUCGAUAUAUAUAUUUCUUGCGGAAAAUCUUAAAUAAACGAUUUUUUUGUUAAAUUGUGAAGAGUAAUACACGCGAAGACUCUAUGCUGUUCAGUUAUUUGUGAUUGAAAAUUGUUAUAUACGUAUCUUUAAAAAAAAAGAAAAGUGUUUUUAAGACUCAUAUUUUGAUAAACGUGGUCUUUAGAUUGAAGAUACAGAUCAAGGCAUUAUAACAAUGUUACAUGUGAUAAUUUUUUUCAUUUUUAAAACGGAAUUAUCAAAGGAAUAUUUGAUGCAGCUUUCCUCUAAAAUUUACAGUAAGUAAGCAAUCUUGUCAGCUGAUUUUGCACCUAGUAGGCAGUGAAGUCAGCAAACUUUGCGCAAAAUAACUAGUAUCGUCAGCAAAAAUUACACCAAGGAGCAAGUAUUGUUCUAAAAUUUGCACCAAUCAGUAAAUGUUGCCAGCAACAUUUGUACCAAGUAACCAAUACUGCCAGGAACAUUUGUACCAGGUAGCCAGUAAUACCAGCAACAUUUGCACCUGGUAGCCAAUAAUACCAGCAACAUGUGUAAUAAGUAGCCAAUAAUACCAGCAACAUGUGUAAUAAGUAGCCAAUAAUACCAGCAACAUGUGUAAUAAGUAGCCAAUAAUACCAGCAACAUUCGUACCAAGUACCUAAUAUUACCAGCAACAUUUGUACCAAAUCGCCAGUAAUACCAGCAACUUUUGUACCAAAUAGCCAAUAAUACCAGCAACAUUUGUACCAAAUAGCCAAUAAUACCAGCAACAUUUGUACCAAGUAGUUACUAUUAUCAGCAAAAAUUAAUUACUCAUAUUCAUGCCUUGACAGACAUUUGUAACAUUAAUAAAUUUGUCAUUGUUUAGCAAAAUAAAGAUAAAAAAAAUAUUUGCUACUAGUUACAAAAUUCAGUGACAAUUUUUGCAGACGCUGCAAAGAAUAUUAUUCAACAUUUCAUAACUUCACUCGAAUUAUUUGCCCAAUAAGUUUUAUGUGAUAUGAUGUGGCCUUAGAGAUGGUACUGUUUGAAUUACAAUCACAUGAAAUUUCGUAUUUGUUUACACAUAUAUCCACACAUAUAUAAUUUAAGUGCAUACAUAAACGUAUACAUAACACCAAUAUGUAAACCUUACCACAUACACAUACAGCCCCCUUAUACAUACAUACAUACAUACAUACAUACAUACAUACAUACAUACAUACCUCUAUAUAAAAAAAAGAAUGUAAAAUACUGAUGCUUUUAACGUAACUAAGGUGUUAUACUAUUUUUAUACUUUAUAUCCGCGUAUGUGAUAUUCAGCCUGAUUGAAGCUAUCAAAAAAACACCAAUACAAUACAAUUAGUUUUUUAAAUUUGAUAAAAAAAAUUUCAUGUGUCCAUCAUAAAGUGUACACUUUUUAUACAGCACUGAAAAGGCUUAUUACAGUGUUCAUCAGGUGUUCUUGUUCAAUUGUGACACUGGAAAAUGAGGACAUUCGAUGUUUUGUGUUCAGUGUUCAAAAGUUACUUGAGGUAGCUGGAAAUUCAUGUGUUCAUGAUUACUGUUCAGUUGUUCAUUUUCAGUCUUAAUGUUCUCAGUCUUUCGAGAAUAUUGGACGUUACUAACAUUUCUGAAGAUUAGACUGUUCAGUCUUUCAAGAACAUUGAAUGUUAUUGAUUUUCCUAAAUAUUAGAAUGUUCAGUGUUAUUCAAGGACAUUGAAUGUUACUAACAUUUCUGAAGAUUAGACUGUUCAGUCUUUCAAGAACAUUGAAUGUUAUUGAUUUUCCUAAAUAUUAGAAUGUUCAGUCAUUCAAGGACAUUGAAUGUUACUAACAUUUCUGAAGAUUAGACUGUUCUCAGUCUUUCAAGAACACUGAAUAUUGCUAUUAUUUCUGAUUUUUCCAGUCAGACUUUUGUGAAAAUUACGACAAAAAUGAAAAAGAAGGAUCCCUAAUAUAAAAAAAUAUAAUCAUAAAUAUUUUCAUUAUCAUAUCAUAAAUGAAAAGUGGAAAAUUAUUCUUUAUAAUACCUUAAUAUCUUUUUCCACCUUUGUCCCAAUAAAAUGCUUGUAUUCCAGGCAAAUUGUCUUCUGUAAAUAUCGUCUGAUUUGUAUAUAUUGUAGAAGAACCUUUACAUGCCAAAAAAAGAAAGGUUUAUAAUUAAAAAAAAUAAUGAUUAUAGAAUUAUUAAUAAUUGUAAUAUAAUCUUAAGUACUACUGACAGCGUUUGGACGCUAUUCGCUUAAUAUAUAUUUGAAUGUCCUUACCGAUGCGAUACAAGAAUUAAAAAUAUCAACAUUU